AUGAAACGGUCGUUUGCUGAUACGGUUGCUGCGCAGGCCACCUUCAACACUGACACGACGCCCCAAUCGGAUGAACAUGAUUGGGCGUUUGAAGAUCCAGAUGUGGAAUCCGAUAACGAAAUGGAUGAUCAGGACAGAGGAGACGGAAGACCGGUGGUCAGAUUUCCCAAAGCCCUUCGUCAGGAGCUUUGUCGGGAGUGGCGCAUGGCGUUGAUCAUCAAAUAUCUCGGUAAGGGUAUUAGCUCUAAUGUUCUGAAUCAGAGAGCUCCUGCUUUGUGGAAGCUUCAGGGGCGGUUCAAUAUUAUAGAUAUUGGGUACGAGUGCUUUGUUGUGUACUUUGACGACAAAAAGGAUUACCUUCACGUCUUGCUUGAUGGCCCUUGGAAGAUUUUCGACAACUAUCUUGUCGCUCAACGAUGGGUGCCGGACUUCAAACCAAGGACGGCCAAGCUCUCAAAGAUGGCUGUUUGGGUCCGCUUACCGGAACUCUCUGUUGAAUAUUUUCGAGACGACACCAUCAAGUUAAUUCUGGAAAACGUCGGCAAACCUUUGCGCCUUGACAGAACGACUGCAGCAAGGGAGAAAGGGCGCUUUGCAAGGGCUGCAGUUGAAGUCGACUUGAACAAACCUUUGGUCACCGAAAUCUGGGUGCGUGAUGAAGUUCAGGCAGUGGAGUACGAAGGACUACACGUCGUUUGCUUUGGCUGCGGAGUGGUAGGCCACCGGGAAUAA